UCGGGAGAACAUCACACACACACCGAAGAAAGAAAACACUCAUAGAAAGCUCUCCGAAAUGGCCAACGACGAAGGAGAAAAGUCCCCUACAAAUGAAAGCAUCAAAUUAUCACCCAAAGGCUCGAUACGUGAAAAGCAACCGGACAACGAUGUGAUCUGUUUGAAACCAAAGAUGAAUCUUUUGAAUGGAAUCACAGUGAUCGUCGGCAGCAUUAUAGGUUCCGGGAUUUUCGUCAGUCCCAAAGGUGUUUCUAAAGGUACCGGAAGUGUGGGCCUCUCUUUGGUGGUAUGGAUCUCAUCAGGUAUUUUUUCCUUGGUAGGAGCCUAUUGUUAUGCAGAGUUGGGUUGCAUGAUCACCAAGACCGGAGCUGAUUAUGCAUAUAUUAUGGAAUCGUUUGGUCCUUUCGUGGCUUUCUUGCGCCUCUGGGUCGAAUGCAUGAUAGUCCGUCCCUGUUCUCAAGCGAUUGUGGCCCUGACGUUCUCUUUUUACGUUCUACGUCCCAUAUACCCUGAUUGUGAACCACCUGAUACGGCAAUUCGUUUCCUGGCCUGCGUCUGUAUAUGUUUGUUAACUUUCGUCAACUGCUGGGAUGUGAAAUGGGCUACUCGAGUGCAAGAUCUUUUCACCUAUGGAAAACUUGCUGCUUUAAUCAUCAUUAUUGUUACUGGUUUUGUUGAACUGGGACGCGGUAAAGUGGAGUACUUUAACUUCGAUAAUUCUGAAACGGAUAUCACGAAAAUAGCAUUAUCGUUUUACUCAGGUCUCUUUGCGUAUAAUGGUUGGAAUUAUUUGAAUUUCGUUAUUGAAGAGCUGAAAGAUCCUCAUAAAAAUUUACCUCGAGCCAUAUUCAUUUCCUGCAUUUUGUGCACAGUAGUCUAUGCUUUUACGAUUGUUGCAUUCCACACUACGCUAUCCAUUCAAGAAGUUAUGGGUGCUGAAGCUGUAGCUGUGAUAUAUGCCGAUCGUCUUUUCGGAAAUUUCGCAUGGGUCGUUCCUGUAUUUGUCGCUCUGUCGACAUUUGGUGGAGUUAAUGGCAUUCUUUUCACUUCUUCAAGAUUAUUUUAUGCUGGAGCUGAAAAAGGACAAAUGCCUCAAAUUCUCAAUAUGAUUCAGAUUAAUCACUUAACACCAACACCAGCAGUUAUGUUUGUGGCUCUACUUUCCUUGGUGUACUUGUGCUCUAAAGAUAUAUAUGCUCUCAUCAAUUAUGUUGGUUUUGCUACAUGGCUUGCUAUCGGACUUGCGGUUGUUUGCCUUCCAUAUCUACGUUGGAAACAACCGGAUUUACCAAGACCAAUAAAGGUGAAUUUAUUCUUCCCCAUCAUUUAUAUUUUGGCGACUAUCUUCAUCACUGUGGUCCCUAUGAUUGCGGAACCAGUGGAAACAGGGUUUGGUUGCUUGAUUAUCUUUACUGGUGUCCCUGUCUAUUUCCUCUUUAUAUACUGGGAGAACAAGCCAGCAUGCGUGAAAAGCGGAAUAAAUUCAUUUACACGUCUUUUGCAAAAGCUGCUGGUUGUCGUGGCUGCAGAAAAACCAGUCGAGGUUUGAAGAUACUUAAAAGUGGGAGAUAGGUCUCCAUACUGUUCUGUUCCUGUGCUUUUGAUGUUUGUUUCUUCAUGGCUGUGCCAAACAAAUAUGGUAUUCAACUGUUGACCAACGGACACAUCUGAAGAAGACUUUGAUAUAGCAGAGUAUGUCAGUAGUCAUUUCAUUCGUAAAUUUAUUUAAUCAGUGUCCUGGUUGUGAUAGACCACUCUGCUCAUAGGGUGAAAUUCUGCUGUACAUGGUCUUAGCAGUGUUGUAAAGUUACAUCUGUGUCAACUGUUGGUUUUUUGAAAACAUUAUUCUUCAGGAUCAUAUUGAAAACAUUUUCAUAUCAUUCUGUUUCAUAUCAUAAGUUUUAUAAAUGUUAAAUUUAUAAAUAGACUGCAAUUGAGUGUGAAAAGCAUGCAUAUUUAAUCUUUACCAAGCAUUGAUUUAUUGCGACAAAAUUUAAGGUUUCGAUAUUUAUGAAUUUUAAAGUUGUGAUGGCCAUUUAUAAAAUAAAAAUUUCUUUGUAUAGAAAAAUGUUUCUAAAUAGUCUUUUAUAUUAGGAUCGAAAGUGUGGUUUCUAUUGAAAAUUGAUUUUGUUAAAAUGAAAUUUAUUUUUUAAAUUCAAAGAUUUUUUUAUUAUUUCUAAAUAAUGAACAAUUCAUGUAGAAAAAAAAUUCUUAGAGCAAUGUUUUUUUAUUUGGUUAUUAUAUGUUUAAUUUUUUUUAUUUAGAAUAAUUUUAAGAUUUUCUAGAUUUAUUUGUAAAUUAUUAAAUUAAUGAAUUAUUUUUUCUGUAAUAUGAAAAUUUAAGAAUAUUUUUGGCUCUUUAAUCGUGAAUAUACGAAAGCUUACGCACGCGAGCGUAAAACUAUGAAUAAUAGACAAAGGAUUUUAAAAUCAUUGUGCGAGUUUCGAGCAAGAAUAAUUCUCUUUCAUAUUUCUUUUAAGUUUUUAAAAACAUUUCGAUAUUUUUAUAUUUUGUUAGUUGCAUGAAAAUAGCAUGUCUUGAUUAUUAAAAUUAAUUAUAAGUGCAAAACCAAUAUUUUUAUACAACUAUCAUUUUUGUCAAAUUAUAUAUUGGUGGAAAAUUUUGGAGUAUACACUGCAGCAUUUUUCAUCAUAUUAGUUUUAUGGUGAGAAUAAUAUGCAAGAAAAAUUUAAAUUUUUUCAAAACUCUAUUUUUUAGUUAAAAUUCUUUGAAGAAAAUUUUGUUUUCUUAAACUGGAUAUGCAUGCACAACUUAAAUCUAUGCAAAAAUUACAAAUUUUAAUUGUUUUUCAUUCGGAGUUUUUUUUUAUUUUAUAUAAUAGAGGUAUGAUUAAACUCUUUAAAAAUAUUAUUGAUUUAUGUUUUGAAUUCUCCCAAUUUUUAAAAAUAAUCUUACUCAGGAUUGCUUAUUUUAUAAAUGAAUUAAGUGAGCACAAAUCUUUUUAAGUAUAUUUUUUUCAGACUGCACAAAUCAUGUCUCAGGUUGUUAAUAUAAUUUUGUUUUAUUUUUAAUAAUAUAUAAGAAGAAUUUGUUGUAUUAGGUAUAACUUCAAUUAUUAAUAAAUGAUCCAAAAAAUUGUGAGAUAUAUACUUAUAAAAACUGCUUUAUUUAUAUUUUUUUUUCUCAAUAUUCAACAUUCCUUUAUUGAUGCCAUUCCAAAUAUAAGAAAAAUGUUAAUAUUUAUAAUAAUUUGGAUUAUGCUAAAUAGCUAUGAAAUGCUUUUCAGUAUGAUUCUGCAAUUUUUGAAUUGUGUUCAAAUAAGCGAUUUCAUUAACUGUAUUAAAUAUGAUGUUUCUGUGUCAUACAUCUAUAUAUGAUAAAACUUUUGAACUGUUGUUGUAUUAGAGUGUAAUACAUUUAUGCAAUGUUUCCAUUAUUAAAUGUUACAACUUUUAAAGCGAUAUAUUGUUUACAUAAAUUGUUUGGUGCUUUGUCUUCAUUAUGUAUUGAUAAUGUGUUGUAGAUAGUGACAUACUCUUUAUAGCAUUAAUGAUUGUUCUGUAUAAAAUAACUUUAUAUUAAUUUUAUAAUGCUGAUAAAUGGGAAAAAUACAUUCAUUAAAUAGGCAGUUAUUUUCAUUAUUCAUUAAUAGGCAUUCAUUUGUAGGCAUUUAUUUUCGUUUAUUUUUUUUAACUCGUGUAAAUUUAGUUGGGCUUGGAAUUCGAGUCCUAAAUGAAUUCAAAUAAUUUUUCAUUUGUAAUUUUUUUAAUAGACAUAUAUUAUCAGCAUCUUAGACAACGAUAUAUUUUAAUAUUUAGUUAAUCACUGUGUAGAAUAUUUAUACUUAGCAAUUGCUGUUAUCAUUGUGUAAUGAAUAUAGUGUGUAUUAUUUAUUUUACUCAUUCAUUGGUGCUCAUAUCAAUUAUGAAAAUAAAAGAAGUCAAGUAUUUCCAAAUAUAUAUUCAGUUCUUAAUUUAUUCUAAUAGUUGAAAAUAUUGAAAGAUUUUCUAUUCUAUGUAAAAAAAAUAAUAAGUUUAAUCAUAAAAAAUAUGAUAUUUUUAUAAUAACAUAUUUUAGGUGUAAUAACAAUUGAGAUUUGAGGAAUUUACUAAUCUAUGCAUUUUUUAUGAGUGAAUCAACAAAGGUUUAAUAUCUUUUUUUAUUUAAAAAAAUCUAAAUAUCACUUAUUUGUAUGAUCUGUUAGAGGCAGUUGACAGUUUAAGAUGACACAGAAAGGAAAUUCUUCAAUAUUUCGGACCUCAACUUUCUAUAAAUUGCCUACCCCCAUUCCUCUCCAGUGUUAGUACAUAAAGGCAAACCAUGAUAUUUCCAUGUUUAAUCCGUAGAAAUUAACGUAAAAUACCUGUUUCUCUAGAAAAACAUCACAAAUGAAGAGUUGCUUUUCUGUUCCUUAUUAUUACAGUGACAUUUAAAUUGUCUCUGUUGUUUGUGAUUGGUCCAAAGAUAUAGAACCUUUUUUGAAAAAUGCCAAAAUAUGCCUUCGUGCUUCCACAAUUUUUGAAAGAUACAUUAUGUACAAGAAGUAAAAACUAGUGUGCAGUAUUGUUCUAUGCCGUCAUCUACUAGCACUUUGUCCACUCAGAUGAUUUGCAAUUUUAUGCACAAAUACUGCAUUGGAGAAUUACAAAUAAAAAUUUAUAACUUUAUCAUAGAAUUUAUUGAAAAUAAAUCUAGAAUAUAUAGAAAUGAAAUAUAUGGAAAAAAUGCUCAACAAAUGACAUUUUGAAUAUUUCAUUCUCAUAUGUGAUACUCAGAAUAGGUAUGGAAACGGAUAAUUGCUUGUAUUUCUAAUGAGUAUAUCCGUUUUUAUUAAGUGAACAAUAAAUAAAGCAAACUGAAUCAUUUCCAGGUUUAUCCAAUUAAAUAAUAGAUGAGCUACAGAGGUAUAAUAUUGAUAAUUAAAUUUAUAUUGUCUAUGUAAGGUGUGUUAUAUGAAAUGCUCUAUAAAAAUAUAUUUGUAUUAUGUGUGAGUUUUCUGUAUUUCAUUGGUAUAAGUGUUUUUAACAUAUAGUGCCUUUUCAUUAUAAAAAGAGUAUAAUUUUAUAUUCCAUAUCUCAGACUAUUGUAAACGAAAAUGCUGCAUAAUGUAACGUUAUUGAAUCCUGGACCUCUGGUAAAUCCUGUACGAUCCACUAAAUUCCAAUUAUCUGCCCAGCUGGCCCACAAUUAGUCUAUGUACUUAUUAUUAAAAUGUAGACAUUUAUUUAUAUCUAUAUGUUCAAACAAUUUUGUUAAUCUUAAGUUAUAUAUAUUUUAACUUUUUAAAAUUUUUCUGAUACUUAUUUCAAAAUUGGAAGCUAAAAUUAUAAUUUUAUUUUCUUUCAGUUACUAUAAAUGGAAAGGACAAUUUUUUGUACAUUAGAUUCAUCGUUUAAAAUUUCGAUUCAACUUACUAUUGUGAUUCUCUAAAUUCUCUUAAUUCUAAAUUUUCAGCCUAUGAAAGAAAGUAAGAAAUCCUCACAUUCACUUGUAAUGUGUUUAGUUCUUUUUAAAAUGACAUAUUGUGAGGAUCCAUUGGUCAGUUUUAAAUGAUCAGCAAUGGAGUGAUGGUAUAGUGUCCCGCGUUUGGUCUGGUCUAUUAAAAUAUCACAUCUGAAUCAUAUUUAUUGAUUAAAAAGUAAAUCUGUUUUGUUUUAUAAAUGUCCUGCAUGCGCCUGGAAAAUUAAAUAUUAGCUUUGUUUAUUCUUUUGUAAGAGCUAAAUGCAUUGCAAUUAGGACAAAAUUUGCAUUUGAGCCGGAAGUUUUUAUUUCAUUUCAGAGAUUUUCAACAUGAAUUGCUUUUUGUUUAUCUGAUAUCUUGUGUGCAUUUGGGAAAUUAAAUAAUAUCUGUAUGGUUAUUUGUUGCUGGAACGUUGCUUUAUUAUUAGAUGAAAUUUAUAUUAAGUAAAAUUUUCCCUUUAUUUUAUUUUAUAGGCUUAAUUUUCACUUUCAUUUCUUUUUCUUAAAUUUUCUCUUCUAUAAUUGAAUCUUUUUUUUUUUUGGAAAAAAAUAUUGUUUUAAAAAUUUGCAAAUUUUAAGUAAAUUACAUUUUAUUAAAAUUGUGCGCGAUAACUUGAGUGAAAUUUUGAAAACACUUUUUGUCAUCAAAAUAUGAACUUAUUGAAUUUUUAGUAUUAUGUAAUCAAUAUAUUACAUAAAAAUAUUGAAAACACCUUGAAGAAUUCCUAAACCCUUAAAUUAAUUUUAAGGAUAAAUUACUAAAGCUAUGCUCAAUAUCUAAUAUGAAUGCUUUCAAAUAAUUAGUUUGAAUGUAGAAACGUGAAAUUUUAAAUUAAAAUAUAUGAAACACGAGAUUAAAUUAACGAAACCAUUAAGCAAGGAUAAGUAACGAAUAAUUAAAAUAAAACUUCAGCAAGGUCUUUGUUAACGAAACAACCAAUAAAUAUAUUUCUAAGAUUUAUAGCAACUAUUUUCACAAUUGUAAGUUAUUUCAGAUAUCUUGCAUAUCAUAUAUGAAAUGUAUAACGCACUAAAAACAUUCCAUAUCACAAAAUUUAAAAAAUAUGCACGUUUAUUUUAAUGGUAGAAUAGCUUUAUAUUUAGAAAUAAAAUGUUCUAACAUGAUAAAAAUAUAACUCUGAUCACUACGAUUACGUUUUAAUUUUAAUUUUAUGGUUAAUUUAAUAUAUUUAUUCACAUUAGGAGUUCUUAAAGUUUGAAAUAUACAUAAUGGAAUUGGCUUUUUAGACUCAAACUAAUGAGAAAAAUGUAAAUUCCCAGCGUAUGUUACUGAAAUUUUUUGACGAAUACUUGACCAAUAAAUUUAUAAAGCAAAGCUGGGAUUUUUAAUAUCGUAAAAUAAAAUGUUAUUAUUAAAAAUAAUUGAAAUGCUUUAUUCAAUAUAAAAGCAAUAGAACAGCAUAGUCAAAAAUGGACUAGUGCUACAAAACGCUUCAAACCAAACCGAUAUAAUAGUAGACUAAAUCAUUUUUUAAAAAGUAAAUUAAACUAUAAAUACUUGAGAAUCAAUUUAGCCAUUUAAAUAUACAUUUCCAAUUCAAAUUUUUGUUUUAUUUAGUUUUUCAAAAUAUUUAUAAAUGAUAUAUGUAUUUAAGACACAGUGCUUUUAACAUAUGAAGAAGAAAUGGGGGCUAGUGCUGCAAAAAAAUGAUAGUCGAAAAUGGAUCCUGAAAUGUUAAAACAUUUCUUUUUAGUUUUUGACUUGAUUGUAACAGAACUAUCCUUUAAACUUACAAUAACAUCUUGAAUUCAAAACUGAAGUUUGCAUGAAAAUUCUGAAAAAUCCGGAUAUUUUUUCCCAAAAUAUUAUGUGUUCAUGAUUAGUUUAUUACUGAAAAUAAAUUUACCUCAAUUUUCCUAAUGAAUGGUGAAUUAAUUUAUGAAUAUUCGUAAAAAUUUUGCAAAAAAUAUUUUUGCCUGUUUUUUGUUUGAAUAUAAACGGUUUUACUCUAAAUUUUUUCUAAUGUUUUAUCGAACAUAUGAAUUCUAUUUAAUAGUGUUCUAAAAAAUAUCCACAUUGAUGUAUUUUAUACGUAGACUCAGUAUUUUAAACUCGUGUGUUUCAAAUAAUUAUGAGCUUUAUGCAGAUCUUUUCUCAGUAUUUCUUGUCAAUGUAGUUAACUAACUGUACUGUUUCUAUAUACUAUUAAUGUUAGUUUGUUAAAGCCUAGACAGCACCUUCAUAUUCCUUAGAUUCUAAUUAUGCAGCGGUUUGUUUACAAAACACUUCAUUUUGUGAAUGUGAAGCACUAUUUUUUAAGGGUGAAUUUCCAUAGAAUUUUAACUUGGUCCAUGAAUUAGAAAUAGUGGAAGAGGGUGAUAUUUGGAAGCAAAAUAAUAGUUAUAUUUUUAGAAACGAGUAUGAAAUUAUUGAUGAGCGUUUCAUUUGUAGAUUUAAAUUUAAAUUAGUGAUGUAUUAGAUGAUUAUUUUUUAUACGUAAUUCAAAAUUAGAUGAUAAAUUUUUGUGAUGCUAACAUUUACUACAAUUAGAAAAUGAACACUUUAAUGAUAUUAAAACUAGAAACGAAUUUGAAAUAAGAGUUUUGAUCUAAUUAACUAUAUCGUAGAAAGAGGUUCGUGUAAUUGUUUUUAUGUUUGUGAAUCAAUUUUGUGAAUUGUACUUCAUAUAUUGUAUCAAAAGUGUGUGAAUUAAAAAGACAUUUUGUCAGCAUAUGAAUCUAUUUCAUGGAAUAAUGUAAUUUUUUCAAUCUCAUGAGGAAAAUGUUUGUUAAUUACUUUUAUUCAAUCGCAUGAUGAUGAUAAGUUUAUUUUAAACCGAAAUGAAGAUGCUUUUCUAAAUGUACGAAUCAAUUAAUGAUUAUGCAUAUUUAUAAUGGAUAAAGGAAAUAUGGAUUAUAUGUUAUGUGUAAUGUCUCUAGAUGUAUCGAAAUAUUUUCUAAAGUCGUAUUAUCAGAAUUCUCAUAAAACAACUUAAAUAAUAAAAAUGAAAUGUGGAAAAUUCUCAGUGAAAGUGGCUAUAACAAAACAAAGACAUUUCUUGCAGAAACAAUUCAGUCAGUUUUGAUGGAAAAUUGCCGUAGUAUUUCUUUUACCUUAGAAAUAAAUUAGCCUUUUGAAUUCCAGAUUUCUUCAACAUUAGCUGCUUCGGAAUCUCUGAAAUCGAAAAACAAAGUACGAGUUAAAGUUUAGUUCGUUGAAUGUUUAUAAAGUUCUUAUGUAUUUUACAUUAGUUGCAGCUGUGUAAGUAUAUACAAUUAAAAAAAAAAUUCUGCAAAAAAUAUUGUAAAGAGAAAAAAUUAUUACUUUUUAGUCCUCAUUUUUUUUUCAAAAGUUUCUUCUGCGAAUGCAACAGCUUCUAAUACACUGGCUACUAAACCUUGGUUAAGAUUGACUAAACGCUAAUGAAUACUUGCAGUCUCAUAUUAACGCAAGAUAUUGUACAAUGUUGUCCAAAAUUAUGAACGCUUUAAAAUAUCGAGAAGAUGUUUUAACGUUUAAGUAUCGGCUACUAAUUUUGAUGAAUAAUAAAGGUAGAAUUGAGGUAGCUUAUCAAUGACAGAAUUUGUUUAAAUUUUUAAUCCAUUUAGACAUGCAAUUUCUGUAUAAUGUGAUUGGUUUUAGAAAAUUGUUUUUUUCUAAAUUUCUAAAAAUAAAAAUUCUAAUAAUUAGAAGAAAAAGAUACCCCAUGCUUUCUAAUCUUUUUUAGAAAGCGUGAUGCAUCGUUUUGUCAAACUUCUAAUGGCAGGGGGGCUUUCUUAUCCUUUUUCGAAUUCUUUCUGCAGUGCAUCUUUCUAGAUAAAGUAAAAAUCACUUUAAAUUGCCCGCAAAAUAAUGAUCACUUUGCUGUACUGAAUAAAUUUUUGGUUUAAAAAAUUGUUUUCAUCGAACUACAAAAAGUAUUAUCUGGUCAGAGACUUGGAUAAAAUAGCAUGCGCACUUAAAUGUCUCAUCGUGUAUAAACAAACCUCAUCACAAUUUUUGUUUAAAAAUUAUCUGAGGUUCUCAAAAAAUUUCGUUUUUUAUUUUUAUACUCCAUAGGAAAAUACAAUGCUUAAAAUAUUUUAACGUACAUAAUUUUGUAUGGUUUCGGCUUAUGUAAAUUUCUGCAAGAAAUGCUCUAAUCGAUGUAGUAUGCAACAAAUGAGGUACAUUUAAAAUAUACCAAAGAAUAGUUACCAUACUUUGCCAAGAUAACUUUAAAAGUCUAAACUAUUUUGAUCAUGGCUAUAUUUUAUUAGCAUUUAAAAACUGCCUUCUGCUUUUUAAAGCAAUAAUUUUUUGUGUUGUUUAUCACACCCUGAAUCAUAUAGAGUUAUACAAUAUGGUACUAAAUCUUGAUUUCGUCACGGUAGACCUGAUCUAGGAAAUUACUCCUAGCUCAUCAUUCCACUGUUUACUGUACAUACAGUGUUCAAGUACCAGUUGUAUUUUAUAUAUUUCUUAAAAAAACAUUUUUAUUUUGUUAUGCAAACAAUUUUCAAUUAUUUGUGACAAUUUUGUAAAUAUUUUUCUUUCAAACACUGAAUAUUUAGUCGCUCUUUUAAUAUCUAACCAUGAAGUUGUGUUUUAGUUAUUUUGUAUAUGGAUAUCUAUGUUGAUGUUAACAACCAAAGAGAAAGCUGCUCUCCUAUUUAUGCUGGCUUAAUUACAAUGAAUGUUUAACACAAAUAAACGAAUGUAUUGUUGUUGGUAUAAAUUUAUUGUUGAUAGAUAAAUGUCUGAAUUUACUUGAGUUUGAAGUGCAUAGUUGUGAAAUAUAGCGAUGUCUUAGAUUGAAAUUGUCUGAUCUUAAGCGGCUUCUGAGAUAUUGCUCACGAUUUAGAUGAUUUAUUCAAAUAUUAUAUAAAAAUACUUGAAGGGUUUAAAUGAUUUAUUCAACUAUUAUUAAGUUUGUUGCAUAAAAUAUCUAAAUGAUUGUUGUGUCUCAAGGGUGUGCAAGAUCUCAAAAGUCCCUGAAGAUCAUGUUUAAGUGGUAGAUGUACUGAACGAAAGAUUGCCUUCAAUAAAUGUAUAUUAUGAUUUGAA